CUUACAUCUAUUCUGCAUUGACUUAUACGAAAGAACGAAUUUCCAAAACACAUUAUUAGAGUAUCACUCAUAGAGAAGUCUUUCAGAGACUAUGUCAAUGAUCCAAUAAACAUGAUGGAAAUAAUACAUUGCUAUGCCUCAGCCGCAAGAUAACGCUCGUGCCAUCUUCCUGAUCCUCUUAAUAUUCUGGCUCGCCACAAGCCCAGAUUCGGGACCAGGACUUAUCGCAGGCCCGACCCUGAUCAAGAAUCGCCUCGCCCGCCAGCGACAUGCCCUCGGCGUACUAAAUAGUACGCAAUGGGGUGACUUUGCACCACGUCUUGUCGAUGACCCGCCCGAACCCGAAACUCCCGAAGGCUCCGAACCCGACGCAGAGACAGAGGCGAAAUACAAAUAUUUGAAUUUGACGGGCUUUCGAGAAGAGGACCAUUAUGCUUGGGAAGACCUCCAGCGAUUUAGGGACCGAUGCGACGAGUGGAGCGCGAACGCCGUAGGCAUCCCCGAGACCGCGCAACCGGUAUGGCAGAAUGCGACAGGAGUUGUACGAGGAUGGUGGCAGAAAGCGAAUACGUCUACGCCCAGAUAUCAUUCGAGUUAUAACCUGAGCGCGAUUAGCCCCAAUGUCCAAUGGGCCGGUUCGAAUUCCGACUGGAGCAGAAAUGCUACAGGUGCAGAGGGAAAGAUGAUGUUGCGCGUUGAGGAUGACGAGAAUGCCGAGACGGAACCAGAGGAGAUAGACAAGAUAGUGCUAGACAAAGCGGAGCUCAAGGCUCGGGAAGUCUCUGCGACUGCUACUAUUGAUGACGUCGAAGGUACUGGGAGUAGCUGGGAAAUGCGACUCCACGGUGUCCAUUGGCCUCGUCAAGGAGCGAUGCUAUUAACGACAACGAGCGAGAAAUUCCAGGGAAUAUUCGGAUUACCUCAUCUUACCACCCGGGCAGAAUUCUUCGAAUCCAGUCAAGCGUUAUUAAAUAGAACCCUAGACAAGGCUCUCGACAGAAAGGAGCAGCACACCUUCACCGAUCAAAUCGACCCCUGGACGUCUAAUCUAGACGCACCAGGUGAAGCCUGGAACCCGACCCCGCAUUGUGAAUAUGUUUUUUAUAUCCAGAUCCACCCAUUAGACCAAGAUUUAUUAGGAGUGCAGCCUAGCCUUACGGGUCCGGAAAAUGUCGCAAAGGCUAUUCAAGAUAUCGAGGAUGAGCUUCGCUUUCCUCAAGGCACGGGUCACCGGAAGAUACCGCAACUUCAAAUGUCCGCCGUGGUAUUCUCUCCUGAUUGCGGUUUCUUCCUCGAAACAAAGGGACCCCCAGCAUUCACACAUGCAGAGGGACUCCAUUUAGUUGGAGUGAAGCAGGAAAUAUUCCUUCAUAACGUUAGCACGUUUAUCUUAGGUCUCGCAUUAAUUGUAUUUGGACAACUCCAAUUAUUAAAAAUACAGAUGAGGGAAACUUCUACGCCUUCGACACUAGGCCGUGUUAGUUUCUAUACAGGAUGCAUGAUGUUACUCGCCGAUGGCAUGCUUUUCACCGGUGCAGCCGCGUGGAGUUUCUCGGCAUCGACAACACUGUUACCCUCACUAGCCGUAACAUGUGUUUCUUUCUUAUCAAUGACUGUUGGGACAUUCUUCUUAGCUGAAAUUCACAAGGUCCAAGAACCUGAAUGGAGGCGGCAAGAGCGAGAAAGAGAACGGCAGAACACCCCUGCGACCACGACUAACACAACAAAUCCUCUCAAUCGUCGUCCAUCUCCCACAACUACCACUACUACUCCCCGUCCAGCAGCUUCUCCCCCAAUAAUUAUUCCAUCAGACCAAGACAUCGACGCCGAAAUUGCUGAAGCGACAACUAACAACAAUGCGACACUUCCCGCCCCAGUAACCGCGAAUACCGCCACGCCGACCGCACAGAAUCUUCGAACACAGCUUAGCAACAUAUUCGGUCGUCUCUUACUAAUCGGCAUCUGUAUCCUAUUCCUCAGUCUCGCGGCUGCGAGUUGGCGCCCCAACAUCCGCGCCGCGUACUUCAACAUUCUACUCUUCGCAUACCUAUCCCUCUGGGUACCCCAGAUUUAUCGUAAUGUAUACCGUAACUGCCGGCGCGCGCUCUCAUGGCGCUUCGUUAUCGGGCAGUCGAUACUACGGCUUCUUCCUGUAGCCUAUUUCUACAUCGUGCCGGGUAACUUCGCCUUCGCGGAACCGGAUCGCGUGGCAUUCCUCGUGAUUGCAGGCUGGCUCUGGUUACAGAUCUGGAUCCUAGCCGCGCAAUCGGUGCUCGGACCCAGAUUCGGUGUACCCAAAGGCUGGAUGCCAGAAGCUUGGGAGUAUCACCCCGUACUACGCGAAGAUAACGUCGAGGCCGGUGGACUACCAAUUGGAUUAGUAUCUACACCAACAAGUCCCACAUCCCUAGAGCGCGUAAGGACAGGCGACGAGGCUAGGGAUAAGAAGAAAUCGAAUACGAAUACACAUGUUAUCGAUUGCGCGAUAUGUAGAGAAGUCCUAGAAGUCCCGGUCGUCAAAGCAGGAGCUGAGGAUCCGACGGCUGGGGGUGUGGCGGGGGUUCUUGCUAGACGUGCGUAUAUGGUUACGCCCUGUCGACAUAUUUUUCAUAGCGCGUGUCUGGAGGGUUGGAUGAGGUUUAGGUUGCAGUGUCCGAUUUGUAGGGAGGAGUUGCCGCCGUUGUAGGGGCGUAGGUGGGGAUGGUGAGAGUGGAUAGUCGAAGGUGUAGAAUAAGGGGUGAGAGCUAUCGUGGAUAUAGGUGUGUGUGAAUAAGUACCAACGAUUGAACAUUCGAAGAUACAUUAUGCUGUCCCCUUGCUUGAUACUCAUAUCCUUAAUUUAUACCUUGCGGAGACGGUUAAGUACGAGAGCGAGGAGUAUAUGAUAGCAUGUGCAUACACCAACGACGCAAAGAGUACGGGACGGUAGCGAAAUCUACGGCAUUCCCCAGCAGUUAUGAGCGAGUUAUCCCUCAAAUAAGUAGGAAUAGAAAAAAAAGGGAGUCAAAAAGUAAAAAAUGAAUUGGCCGCCUGGGGAAUCGAACCGCAGACUCUAGUAGGUACACGCUGUUAUGAAAGCAAAGAAAUCAAGAUCGCUAUACCACCAGACCAUACCAUCCGGCCUUUCUACUAAUUGUUGGAAAUACUGGAGUCGUUCUAGUAUGUGUUUGCGGUAGGUCCUUGGCUUGUGCUUUCCGGGCUUGUAAAGGUUUGGUGCAAAAACCACGUAGGAUAGAUGUUUAUGCACACACAUAUAUCGAUGGCAUGAAUAAUACUACAGGCAACAGCAAUAUGAGAUACUUUUCAGCGGCAACAGGCAAUACAAUAUGUAGCUUAUGGUCGUCUUCACGAUUC